CACAAAAGAUGUCAGGUGAAAAAUAGAGGCAGAAGCAGUACUCCACUAUAGCUGAGCUGGCCUUGCUGAGCCUGAGACCAAUAGCACCAAUACCCAAGGCUCUUCAAGAAGAGCAGGAGAGUGUAGAGUGGAAGGGAAGGCGGCGGCCAUGUCUCUCACGGGAUGCCUCCCUCCACCCUGCAGCGCGGUCCGUGCUGCCCUGCCAUCAUCGCCUCCGCCAUGCUCGACGGCGGCGGCGAGGAGAGCCGACGGAGGAGCCUCUCCGGUGGUGGCCAUGGCGUCCACGGCAAAAGUUGGAAGUCCCAGAGCGGGAGGAGCCAACAAGCGGUUCGCCCCUCGGCGCGAGGUGGCGGCGCAGGUGACCCACACGCUACCGCCGGAGAAGAAGGAGGUCUUCGAGUCGCUGGAGCCGUGGGCGGCGGACAGCGUGCUCCCGUUCCUCCGGCCGGUGGAGGAGUCGUGGCAGCCGCAGGACCACCUGCCGGACCCGUGCUCGGGGUCGUUCCACGACGAGGUGCGGGAGCUGAGGGAGCGCGCGGCGGAGCUCCCCGACGACUACCUCGUCUGCCUCGUCGGCGACAUGGUCACCGAGGAGGCGCUGCCGACGUACCAGACGAUGCUCAACACCCUGGACGGCGGGGUGCGCGACGAGACCGGCGCCGGCGCCAGCAGCUGGGCGGUCUGGACCAGGGCCUGGGCCGCCGAGGAGAACCGCCACGGCGACCUGAUGAACAAGUACCUCUACCUCACUGGAAGGGUUGACAUGAGGCAGAUCGAGAAGACUAUACACUACCUCAUUGGCUCUGGCAUGGAUCCAAGAACGGAGAACGACCCGUACAUGGGGUACAUCUACACGACGUUCCAGGAGCGCGCCACCUUCAUCUCCCACGGCAACACGGCGCGCCACGCCAAGCGCCACGGCGACGUCGCCCUCGCCAGGAUCUGCGGCACCGUCGCCGCCGACGAGAAGCGCCACGAGGCCGCCUACGCCCGCAUCGUCGCCAAGCUCUUCGAGGUGGACCCGGACUACACCGUCCGGGCCUUCGCCGCCAUGAUGCGGAAGACGGUCGCCAUGCCGGCGCACCUCAUGCACGACGGCCGCGACGACCGCCUCUUCCACCACUUCAGCGCCGUGGCGCAGCGCCUCGGGGUGUACACCGCCGCCGACUACGCCGCCAUCCUCGAGUUCCUGGUCGCCAGGUGGGACGUCGCCGGCCUCGCCUCCGGCCUGUCCGGCGAAGGGCGGCGCGCGCAGGACUUCGUCUGCAGCCUCGGCCCCAGGUUUAGGAGGCUGGAGGAGAGGGCGCAGGCGGCGGCGAAGCGAGCGCCGGCUGCUGCUCCGUUCAGCUGGAUCCAUGGCCGUCAGGUGCAGCUCUGACAGAAUCGGCGAUCAAUAAGAGCAAGUAUAAUAGCAGACUAUGUGAAGUAGAGAGAGUAUGGGAGAGAGUGUAAGCAAACGGUUAGCUUGUAGUUAGUUUGGAUACAUGAACCAAGAAACUAUGUGAGAGUGACAUAUGUGUCCUGCAUUAAUGAUGAAGAGCUAGAAAAGACUAUAAAAAGUCUUAUAGUCAGCUUUGGCUAUAUUAUUAGCCUUACUCUAACAGUAAACAAAAAAGCUUGUGUUUUUCCAAGAAAAUCUGACAGCCCAGAUGCUGAGAAGGAUUGGUUGGAAAAGGAGCUAUAGUAAUUGUCAUGUGAUAUCGAAAAUGUGUAUACUUUGUGAAAAUGUGUAUACUUUGUUCUUUCUUGAGAAUGUUGAAA